AUGUAUACGCGACUCCCCGCCGAAGCAUACAAGGGCGGCCAUUCUCCAGUAAAAGCGCGUUUCGGUCGCCUUUCGAAGCGGCGGACGCGCGUUCAGUGUGCUAUGCACACAAGGGUCUACGGUGCUACCGUGCUCUGCUGCAGAUCGUUCACGGACCAGUCUGCCGUAAAGACGGCACUAGUGACUAUGAGACGCUGUUGGAACGCGGUUCGUGAAGACCAGCUGUCUGUGAUUAUCUGCUUGAGGAUUCCGGAGAAGAGACCAAAGCAGCCGACGGAAGUGGUGAAGCGUGUAGUGCUGCAGCCUCGCGUCAAUUGCGCCCGAAACAUUCGUUGGAAGGCCACUCUGGCGCGUGACGCAGCAGGGCGACAGAAGCGCAGAACAUCGAAAGACAGCUUCAGCGUCUCACUGGGGCCUACUACUCCAUACACUCUUUCUGCAGAAGAAAGUGAGAGUUUUUUUGCGCUGUUUUGUAGCGCGGCCUUUGUUUGUGGAGCCGGCAAUGGUUCGUGGCCCAGCUCCUGGCCCGCCUGCUAA